UUCACAGUCACCGUCCUGACACGGUCACUGCGUUGUAUAAUGACCGCGACGGCGACGCGAAUAGCGGAAUGCAGAGCCUUUAAUUCGCUUUGAGGAGGCACGUUUGGAAUGAAUCUAUGCCGAUCUGAGCUUCGACACUUUCGUAUGUUUGCAGGGGUGACGUUUGCGGAGAGUGGCCCACUGGUUGAUCACUAGGGAUGGCAGCUCCCAAGAUGGAGUGUGGAAGGUGACCAGCUUCAGUUUACUUCCAGUGUCUGAAGAAUGGGACCAGUCUUAAAGCCAUUGAGCUUGACCCUUCAGCUUGGCUCUUCUCCACGUAGAUGCUCCACCCUCCUGUUCCAUCCAUUGCUGUAGUCUCUCACUUCUCUUCCAUCAGCAUUAUGAACAUCACCUCCAACCCUCCCAACACCACCCAGGUCCCCAGCACUCCAGUUGAUCCCCUGGGUGGUCACACCGUCUGGGAGGUUGUUGCGAUCAUCCUCAUCACCGGACCCCUUUCUCUAGUAACCAUCAUUGGAAACCUGCUGGUGAUAAUCGCUUUCCGGCUAAACAGUCACCUGCGCACUGUCAAUAACUACUUCCUGCUGAGCCUGGCAGUGGCUGACCUCAUCCUGGGCACCAUCUCCAUGAACCUCUACACCACCUACGUCAUUAUGGGCCGCUGGGCCCUGGGCAACCUGGCAUGCGAUAUCUGGCUGGCGAUCGAUUACGUAGCUAGCAACGCCUCCGUGAUGAAUCUUCUAGUAAUCAGCUUUGACCGUUUCUUCUCCGUCACCCGGCCCCUCACCUACAGGGUCAAGCGCACACCCAGACGAGCAGCCAUAAUGAUCAGCUUGGCCUGGGCCAUCUCCUUUUUCCUCUGGGCGCCUGCAAUCCUGUUUUGGCAGUACAUAGUGGGUGAACGGACAGUAGAGGAAAACGAGUGCUCCAUCCAGUUCCUUUCUGAGCCAAUCAUUACCUUCGGGACAGCCAUCGCCGCCUUCUAUCUCCCCGUCACCAUCAUGAUCAUCUUGUACUGGCGCAUCUACCAGGAGACUGAGAACCGUGCGCGAGAGCUGGCAGGAUUACUGGGUUCACCGGGCAUGGGCCGCGUUUCCCAGAGGUCGAGACCACAGCAGGCUCUCUCGAGUAGCACCAAGAGCAGCAGCUCCAGCUCUGAAGAGACCCAGGCUGAGGAGUGCAGGGACAGCUGCUUCAGUACCCAGCAGAGCGUACCAAAGCUGCUAAUGGGGGAGGAAGAGGAUGGGGCAUCGCCAUCACACUCUGGGAGGAGAUACUUACAAUCAAAGACCAACGGGAGCUGGAACAUAGAUGAUGAAAAUGGCUCCGAAUCCUCUUUGUCGGAAGAGGAGAACGAAAAGGAUGAGCAGGGCGGUAUGGUGGUACGUGUCCCGUUAAUCCCAGUGAACGACGGCCUGGGAGGCAGUAAAGACUGCUGUGACUCCGGGGUGCAAGAUUCUGACACUCACCAGUCCGACAGCCAGUCGUCCUUAGGCCCAGCUAAGCCCUCCUCCCUGAAGUGGCCCAAAACUAAAAAGAGACGAAACACCUCCGUCAUCAGGGAGAAGAAGGCUGCCAGGACGCUCAGCGCCAUCCUGCUGGCAUUCAUCCUGACCUGGACUCCCUAUAACAUCAUGGUUCUGGUGUCCACCUUCUGUGAGCACUGCGUGCCCGAGAGGCUGUGGCAGCUGGGCUACUGGCUCUGCUACGUCAACAGCACGGUCAACCCCAUGUGCUACGCCCUGUGCAACAAAUCCUUCCGGGUCACUUUCAAGAUGCUGCUACUGUGCCGUUGGGACAGGCGGAAGUGGACCAAGCAUCACAUGAGAGCACCUUCACCUCUCAGGCCUCACAAGUCCAGCAGUGCUGUAUGAUAUUCUCCCUUCCCUUCACAUCGGAGGUCCAUGCAACUAUGAUGCCAGGCAACCAAACUGUAAACAAGUGAUUUUCUUUCGUCUAUAGUUGUUCGAUCCCUGCUGCAACCCGUGACUACUAUACCUGUCACUCAUGGAAAAGCUGGUCCUUGCUGCUACUGAAUAUACAAGUAGCAUGGAGAAGUGUUUGGGACACAGAAAAAAGCUACCAGGAGCAUGCACAGGACAUUUCGAUCUCGGUAUGAAUGCGUGCAAGCACCCCUGUGCAGCACGUUUAUGCUACAGAAAGAAAAACAAACAAAAACUGAAGCUUGGUUGCCGUUGGACCUGCAAGUUUUAAACCUGACAGUGUUUUUUUUUUUUUUAAUGCUCAGGUUGUUUCGUUUACUUGUGAUAGUGAGACUCGUGAGGUUAAAUUUGUCACGCUAAUAAGAUACACGUUUAUUUUAUGGCUUUCUAUAUUUUGAAUGUGUGUUUCCAGUGUAUUGCCAGUUGAUCCUAUUGUCAACAGAAAUGAUUAAGACGUACCGACGAAGGUAAAUAUCUCACUGGCAGAUUAUACUUUCUUCAGGCCUGGUGAAAAUAUGGAUUAAGCAUCCAGCAUGACUAAUCAAUGUCAUACUCAAUACCAGUUCCAGGAAAGACUCUUUCACAUCACAGUCUAAACCAACUAAACUGUGCCCCCCCUACAUUUACAAAUGUGUCUCUUAAAUAGUCUCAUUUGUCCAAAUAAAUCUUUUCCCCGAAGCUCUGUUGAAACGGUCUGCUAGGAAAGGAAGGUGCCAGGAUGUCCCAAACCCUCCGGGCCCUCGUUUCAGAAAUGUCCGGGUCUGGUUAGUUUUCGGAUUUGGUUUGGAAUUUAGCACAACAGGAACAUGAGAUAGAGCAAUAAUCUACCUAAAUAUUACCAAGAUAUUCAGCAUCAGGAUCUAAGGUUGAUAUUGUCCAGAGGGGUUGUAUUCAGUUUGUAGUUAAAAAGGCUUUUAUUAAGCCGAUUUCAUUCUACAUCAUGUUGAUGGUUUUAGGUUUGCUCACUAAACACUAAAUUGCAUGAUUUGACUGUUUUAGAAGAAAAAAGGUCAAAUUAAACUUAGAAUAUGUUGCGUACGAAUUAGUCAUCAUGCUGGUCUCAUCCUGGCCAGUACGCCCACAAGUUCAUUGGUACUAAGAAGUACAAGUAACAAUUUAUGCAUGUUUUCAGAAAAAUAAAAUUGACAUUUUUUGUUUUA